AAGGACGAAAUUGCAUAUUCAACUUGUCUCAUUCUUCCUAAACUCAUAUCUGAAUAUUAAUUACAUACAUCGUCAAAAUUGAAUUUCUAAAAAUGGCACUUUUGAAACUUGUACUUUGCUCUUUAGCCGUGGCCGUAUUUUCAGCCUUUGCUGUCCAUGCAGCAACAUUGGAUCGCCAAAUCGAGUAUCCUGAAAUGCGAGUCAUCGGAACAAUUGGGAACAAGACGUUUUACACGACCUUAAACACUACUUUUGCAGUCAGGUGGGAAGCAGCCAGGCAAAUUUGUCAAGCGUCGGGCAUUCAAUUUGCCAUCUUCCAAUCCGACGCUGAGUUUGAUUUUGUUCGAGCUAACGUAGACCCCUCAUCAAAACUUUGGAUUGACGCCAGCAUGCGAGAAAUGGAGACUCUGACCGGGAGGGCGGCAUUCGUUUAUGGCGACGGUUCCGACGUGUCGACGAAGAACGUCAUGAUCAACCCGUCAACUUGGGUGUGCCUCUACUUUUCUGCCGAUGACCACAUUUUCUCAGGAAUGUGCGCCGAACCAAGAGGAGUCCUCUGCCAUAUGAAUAACGCUAAUGGAACCAUUUCCCAAUAAUUUGUUGGUCCGUGCUAUCUUAAAUUCAGAAUUAUUUAAAACAAUUUACGAUCGGUUAAUAAAAUGGAGUUAAUAAAAUAUGUAAUCAGUUCUAUGCAA